GUUGAGAAUUUCUUCUGUAUGGGAUCUCCAUUAGCAGUGUUUUUGGCAUUGCGUGGCAUCCGUCCAGGAAACUCUGGUAGUCAAGACCAUAUUCUGCCCAGAACAAUUUGUAACCGCUUACUAAAUAUUUUUCACCCAACAGAUCCAGUGGCCUAUAGAUUAGAACCUUUAAUUCUGAAACACUACAGCAACAUUUCGCCUAUCCAGAUCCACUGGUACAGCACUGUAAACCCUCUACCUUACGAGUGUAUGAAGCCAAGUUUUCUCAACCCAACAAAAGAACCUACCUCAGUCACCGAUAGUGAAAGUGCGUCAACUGUACCAAGCCCAACUACUUCACCAGUCAUGGUUCGACGCCACUACGGGGAGUCUAUAACAAACAUAGGCAAAGCAAGUAUAUUAGGAGCUGCAAGUAUUGGGAAAGGCCUCGGUGGGAUGCUUUUUUCAAGAUUUGGUCGAUCUAGUACAGCCACCCCACAGACACUCGAGGCAGGAAAAGAUGGAGCCGAGGAGGAUGACAAAAAGGCCACAACAGCUGACACGCCCGUUUUACCGCACAGCACCAGCUCGAGCUUCCUCGAACCUGCAGUGGAACUGGAGCACAGGAUUGAUUUCGAGCUCAGGGAAGGUCUUGUGGAGAGCAGAUACUGGUCCACAGUCACAUCACACACUGCCUAUUGGUCAUCUCUGGAUAUUGCUUUUUUCCUUCUAACCUUCAUGUACAAACACGACUAA